AUGAGUGCUACCGAAACAUCCGCCAACGUACCCAGCGAUGCACCAGAGCACUGUCCCGGCACACAGAGUGAAGAUGCUGGGAAAGCAUCGGCGUGUGCCGGAUGUCCGAAUCAACAACUGUGUGCCACCGGUCCAAAAGGACCCGAUCCAGCAAUAGCACUGGUGAGGGAAAAGUUAGCCGAUGUACGCAAUAAACUGUUGGUCCUGUCCGGCAAAGGUGGCGUAGGUAAGAGUACUGUAACGGCACUACUUUCCCGUGCGAUGGCCCAUCGCAACCAGGAGCAGAACUUUGGUGUGCUCGAUAUCGAUAUAUGUGGACCGUCGCAACCGCGCGUACUGGGUGUGCUGGGUGAACAGGUACAUCAAUCCGGAUCGGGCUGGUCACCGGUGUACAUUGAGGACAAUCUUAGCCUGAUGUCGAUCGGGUUUUUGCUCGGCAGUCCGGAUGAUGCAAUCAUAUGGCGCGGCCCGAAGAAGAACGGCAUGAUUCGACAGUUUCUAACCGAGGUGGACUGGGGUCAGCUGGACUAUCUGCUGCUGGACACACCGCCGGGCACAUCGGAUGAACAUCUGUCCGCCACGACGUUUCUCAAGGGUACGGAUGGUUCCUGGGGAGCAAUUUUGGUCACGACACCGCAGGAAGUUGCAUUGCUCGAUGUACGGAAGGAAAUUUCUUUCUGCAAAAAACUGGCCAUACCGGUGGUGGGUGUUGUUGAGAAUAUGACCGCCUUCGUGUGCCCAAAAUGCACAACGAAAACGCGAAUUUUCCCCGCCCGAACUGGUGGGGGCGCCGAACAGAUGUGCACGGAAAUGGAAGUACCGUACCUGGGGAAACUCCCACUCGAUCCACGGUUGACGAAGUGCUGUGAUGAGGGUAAAGAUUUCAUCACCGAGUUCCCGAACAGUCCGGCUGUGCAAGCGUUGGAUGAAAUUGUUACUAAAGUGAGACUGUUUUUUGGAGACGGAAAAGGCGACCAAUAA